UUAGGGGGGCGUUUCAAUACGGUUCAAGUAUGUUUAUGCAACAAGGAGACCAUUGCAGAGGACAUACUACGGAGUGAAGGUUUGCUGGGGAGAAAAUAGACAUUAUAACAUUUAGCAGCAACACAAUUUCCUUUUGUCCUGCACAGCAUGUGUGAAUUUCGUAGAACGUGAACAUUCUGUUCUCAAUGAAGCGGAGGAACCGAAGAAGUUGGUCUCCGUCUCAGAGGAAGCAGUUCUGAGAGCACAGACAUGGCGGCGUCCUUCCUCCAUACAGGACGUCGCAGCUGUCUGCAGGGUCUGCAGGUGGCGAUGUGGAGCAGACUGGGUCCUCACGCAGCACUCAGCUCCACUCCUGCAGACAGCAGGACCAGGAGGACACACAUUAAGAAGGCCAAACCUCAGCCUGCUGUUGACAUCGCCAAGCUGCUGCAGAGUCUGCGUUCUACCAAGACAAACAAAUCUACAGACACAGCCCCCUCUGCGGCCGCUGCGGCUGGGAGUCAUUCAGGGCAUCCUUCCCCUGACCCCCACCCUAUCCCCCAGCCUGACCUUGUCCCGGUCCCUGAUCUGCACCCUUCAAGGCCAGACAAAGACCUCAGGGCGGAGCCUGUAGAAGAUCUUUCUCCCCUUAGGGCGGAGCCUGUAGAAGAUCUUUCUGCCCUUAGGGCGGAGCAUGUAGAAGAUCUUUCUCCUCUUAGGGCGGAGGCUGUAGAAGAUCUUUCUGCCCUUAGGGCGGAGCCUGUAGAAGAUCUUUCUGCCCUUAGGGCGGAGCCUGUAGAAGAUCUUUCUGCCCUUAGGGCGGAGCCUGUAGAAAAUCUUUCUCCUCUUAGGGCGGAGGCUGUAGAAGAUCUUUCUCCCUUUAAGGCAGAGCUUGUAGAAGAUCUUUCUCCCCUUAAGGCAGAGCCUGUAGAAGAUCUUUCUCCCCUUAGGGCGGAGCCUGUAGAAGAUCUUUCUCCCCUUAGGGCGGAGCUUGUGGAAGAUCUUUCGCCUCUUAGGGCAGAGGCUGUAGAAGAUUCUAUUACAGCUAGACCAGCUGCCCCAGUUACCCCUGAACUGCCCUCUGACACUACCAUAGCUACACCAACUGCAGUUGAAGCAGAAGUUGCAACUGAGACAGAACCAGCCACAACGUCUGCAUUUGUCCUAGGACAUGCCCUAUCUGCUUUGAAGGAAACUACAGUUACCCCUAUAACAGAGGAGGAGGUAACCGUUUUAACUUUCACCCCAGAAGUUUCCUCAGAACAAGAUUUUGUUGACCCAGAAGUAACCCUGAAAGUUGCCCCAGUAGUAGUCACAACUGCCCCUGUAGUAUCUGCAGUUGCCCCAGUAGAGGUGGAAGUUCUCCCAGUGGAGGUCACUACCGCUCCUGUACAGACUGAAGUUACCCCAGUAGAGGUCACAGCUGCUCCUAUAGUAGCUGAAGUUGCACCUGUAGAAAUCACAAUUGCCCCAGUUGAUGCUGACGUUGCCCUGGUAGAGGUGGAAGUUGCCCCAGUAGAAGUCACAAUUGCCCCUGUAGAAGUUGAAGUUGCCCCUGUAGAGGUUACAAUUGCCCCAGUAGAAGCUGAAGUUGCCCUGGUAGAGGUGGAAGUUGCCCCAGUAGAGGUCACAACUGCCCCUAUAGCAGCUGAAGUUGCACCAGUAGAGAUCACAAUUGCCCCAGUAGAUGCUGAAGUUGCCCUGGUAGAGGUGGAAGUUGCCCCAGUAGAGGUCACAAUUACCCCUGUAGAAGUUGAAGUUGCCCCAGUAGAGGUCACAGCUGCCCCUGUAAAAGCUGAGGUUGCCCGAGUAGAGAUCACAAUUGCCCCUGUAGAUUCUGAAGUUGCCCUGGUAGAGGUGGAAAUUGCCCCGGUAGAGGUCACAAUUGCCCCAGUAGAAGCUGAAGUUGCCCUGGUAGAGGUUGAAGUUGCCACAGUUGAGGUCACAAUUGCCCCUGUAGAAGCUGAAGUUGCCCCAGUAGAGGUCACAGCUGCCCCUGUAGAAGCUGAAGUUGCCCCAGUAGAUGUCACAGCUGCCCCUGUAGAAGCUGAAGUUGCCCCAGUAGAGAUCACAAUGGCCCCAGUAGAUGCUGAAGCUACUCCAAUAGACUUCACAACUACCCCUGUAGAAGUGGAAGCUGCCCCAGUAGAGUACACAACUGCCCCAGAGGAGCCUAUAGCCACCCCUCCUGUAGACAGAAUUUCCAUGACAACAGACUCACCUGUAGAGAUCAUCAGUGGAGCACCAGUCACCUCUGCUAUUGGGCAGGACCUGGCAGUUGAGGCCGCUAUUGGCCAGCAGAUGGCAGCUAAGGCUCUUAAUGAACUAGCAGCUGAUAGUGCUCUUGGCCAACAGUUAGAAGAAACUGAGGUUGCUAUUGGCCAGGAGAUAGAAGAAACACAGGUUGCUACUGGUCAGGAGCUGGCAUCGGAUGUUGCUAUGGAGCCUGAGCUGGCAGGUUUGACUGCUAUCGGCCAGGUGGCCCCAGUUCCAGAGACAGUAGACCCUGAAGACUCUGUGAUGCUGGGACCAUGUGAUGGAGAACCAGGAGACUCUGGAGCCCAAGACACUCCUGAGGACGGUCUGGAUCCGAUUCAGAAGAUCUUCCUGGACAAGAUCAGAGAGUACAACACCAGGAGCCAAGCUUGUGGGGGUCUGGUGGAGGCUGGAACAGAGUUUGAGAAAGCCCUGUUAGAGGAGAGAGUGAAGCUCCAGCGUCUGUUUGGGGGCGGAGACCUCAGCCAGUUCCCCGAGUUCUCCUUCCCAGAUCCCCCUCUUGAUGAGGUGUCCCCUAAAUAACCAGCUGUCUUCUUCACUUUUCUUCUAAAAGACCUCUGGGGAAAAACGGUUGAUAAAAUUUCAACAGAAUGAA